AUGAUAAGGACCACAGCUAGUCGGACACCGUUUUGCGUUGCUUAUAGGAAAUCUCUAACCGAAUAUAUUAGUGAUAAUGUUCAUAUAUGUGAUUCGACAGUGUUUCAAGGCACGCUCUACGAGCUAACAGUGAUGCGAGAACUUCAUGACAAGCUACAUAUUGAAAAUUUAUGUCAGACUGGUGGGGCCUAUGAUGGUGGAGUUGAUAUCAGGGGUAAAUGGGAUAUCUCUAAUAUCUACAACAGGGUAAAGAAAUUAGUGGAUCUGGAUAAAAAGUUGCCCAAGAGAUAUAGUGUUAAUGGUUUGAAUCUCAAGCCGUUAAGGACCAAGAUCAUUGAGAACAACAAUAGCUACAGGCCACUGGAUAUCAUUGUGCAAUGUAAAGCGUUCACAGCCAGAAAGAUCACUGGGAAGCAGAUCCGUGAGCUGAUGGGGGCAUUCUCGAUGAUCAGCAAAAACCAUGAAAAAAGAAAUAAUACCAUAGUCAUGAUGAGUUCGCCCAACUUAUUAACAAAAGAUGCAGUUGCAGUCAUGAACCAGAUGCGUAUUCCACUCGUGUAUUUACAGAUCACAAUGAUAAAGCCUUCAGAUGCGGAGCCUGAUUUUAACGUCAAUCAAUCCGGGCACCUGUGCCAUUAUUUCGAGAACGAAUAUGCCUCCAAACUUCUGGAUAAUUGCGGCAUCAACGAGUGGAUCAAACUAGAGGCAUAUAAAUUAUAG